AUGACGGUCGCUGCUGUGGCCGCCGGGCAUGAACAGAUAAUACUGGUUUUGAAUAAUACUGUAUUUUGUUAUGUACAGAAUGACAGCUGUUCCAGUACUACAGGUACUGGUCAAAAAUAUCAGAACUGGAAGAUCAAAGCUGAACAAGCUAAGAAAUUUGAAUUCUUAAGAACCACAGAAAAAUCUAAAAACUCAAUAAGCUCAACCUUUUUUUCCAGGCUUGCAAAUCUAGAUAAAGACAAAAAUAGAUACCUUUACAAAAGGAAGAGUGAUUUCAGGAUAGAAGACAGCAUACUAGAAGAACUGGAACACAGCUUGACUGUCAGUAGGAAAACAAAGAUAGAAGAUACAGUUCCUCAGUACCUAGGAUGUAUACAGAACUACGUCCUCAUCACAGCUAUCAAAACUAAAACUGUGAAGAGACUUCAGCAUCAAUUAAAAUACGUGAAACCUACACCUGAAUUUGUUGACAAGCUCAAAGAGAUGAUGGAAGAAGUUGAAAGAAUCAAUGCUUUUAAAGAGGAACAGACAUACUUUUAUGGUUUUACCACCAGUAGACUUUUAAUUCCUAUCUGUAUGCUGCUUUGUAUCCUUGGAGCAUGUUUUUAUAAGACCAACAGGAAUGUGUACAGUUUUCAUGAACAUCUUACCCUCUCCCUUUCCCUCUUCCCUGUUGUUCUCCCGCAGUCAAUUAAGAGGUGGAAAGAAAAGAAGCAGCAAGAAAAGCCAAGGAACUUGAAGGAGAAAAAGAAAUCAGAAAGCAUGCUUAAGGAAGAAUCACAACAACGUGAAGAAGCUCAAAAGCAAAAAGCAGCAGAAGAAAGAAAAAGACAUGCAUCAAUAGAAGCAUGGAAGGAGCAGAAAGCAAUGGUAAUGGAACAAGCUUUGCAACUAAAACUAGAAAAAAAAGAAGGAAAAAAGCAACAAAAAGAAUGCCAAUGCCACAUGAAGUUAGUGUUGGAAAAGUAUACCUUGCUGAAGAAAGGAAAGAGAGAGGAGGCAGGAAAAGAGGAAAGGAAGAGAAUCGCUGCAGAAGAAAUUUUCAGUUUUACGUUUCGGGAUCUACAGAAACUGGAGCUAAGGAUUAUACAAAAACAAGCUAAAGAAGAGGAAAAACAAGAAAAAGAAAAAAGGCUGGCAAACAAGACAGAAUGUAACCUCUUUUUUAUUUUAAUCUGACGUGUGUGCAGCUUAGCUGUUUAAGCAACCAUUUUCCUCACUGAGACAAAAAUAAUUAUUUUUCCUUAUCAAAAUGGUUGAUAAAUGCAAAAAAAAAAAAAA